AUUUGGUUAAGGCUGUUCCCGAUGAACACAGGAAGUUUCUUGCCGAUAUGGUUUGGGUCCACGAAGAGGAUGAUAUCUGCAUAGAGACCGAGGAUGGGAUCAAGCACUGUAGAUUGAUAGCAGUUCAUGCUGGUUUGGAGAGAGACAAAGAUGUCAAGGAGCAGUUGAAGCUUUUGAAAGACAGGGACACCCGUAUUCCGAAGGUUGAGGCUCUGAGUGGCAGAAAAAAUGUUUGGGAUAUCCCAAAGGUAAUGGCAUUCUCGUUAUUGUACUCGGGGCUAGAACUCACAAGUGCUUACAUGUGAGCCCCAAAUGCGGGACCCACUGACUGUGACUAGUGAUG